AUGGAGAAAUUACUUUUAACUGGCAAAGUCAAAGCCAUUGGCGUAUCAAACUUCAGUAAGCUAGAAUUGGAGCGAAUCUUGAAGGAGUGUAGCGUCGUUCCGGCUAUCCACCAAACGGAGCUUCAUCCCUGCCUACAGCAAAAAGGCUUCGUCGACUGGCAGGAAAGCAAGGGAAUCAAGAUCAUGCAGUUCAGCCCCAGCGGCAAUCUCAACACUUUCUAUCGGGACGCGAUCGCUGAGAAACACGGGAAGUCACCGAUUCAGAUUGCGUUGGCAUGGGGUGUAGUGAAUGGUCGCUGCGUCAUCCCGAAGAGCACAAUUGAGUGGCAGAUCAAGGAGAAUCUAGAGGCAGAUUCUAUUCCCCUAGACGAAGAAGACUCGCAGCAGAUUGCAAAAAUGGAUCAACAAGCAAGGUUCAACGAUCCCACUGAGUUGUUUGGUUACAAGCUUUAUGUUGGGCUUGAUGGUGCCGCGCGAUAA